AUGGAGACACAACAGGCCUAUAGUGCUCGAAAUCCAUUCACGGACAGUAAUGCUCCUUCUAUUCGAUCAAGCUACGGCAGUGCCAGAUUUGCAGAAAACCUGCCAGCAAAACGAAAGUUUGUCAGCUACCGAUUAAAAGGCACGUUCGACCAACCGUGGCUGAGCGACAAGCGAGUCAGCAGAACCCAGGUAGGCAACUGGAUUAUUCGGGGCGCCUUCAUCGCAGCCCUCAUUGUUGCAGCCUAUAUCAACUACAAUGCAUAUGCAAGGGUUCCCAAAACGAAGUUCUGUCUCAUCUUGGAUGAUAACUUCAGCGAGAUUGACCCGGAUGUGUGGAAUUAUGAAGUUCAGAUCGGCGGUUUUGGGAAUGGAGAGUUCGAGUGGACCACGACAGAUUCUAGUAACGCCUUUGUUGAUUCCGAAGGUCUUCAUAUUGUUCCGACCUUGACCACAAACACGACAUCAAUCUCGCCGGCGGACAUCACCAAUGGGUACACACUGAACCUGACUCAAGCAGGCGGUGACGGUACUUGCACAGGUAAUACGAAUGCUGAAUGCUCAGUGCAAUCGAACAGUACGUUACAGAUAGUUAUUCCAUCCGUGCGCUCAGCUCGGUUGAAUACCAAGGGAAAGAAGAGUAUCAAGUACGGCAAGGUUGAAGUUGUUGCUAAAAUGCCUGAGGGCGACUGGCUCUGGCCAGCGAUCUGGAUGAUGCCAGAAAGCGACGUCUACGGCUCCUGGCCUGCCAGCGGAGAGAUUGAUAUUGCAGAGAGUAGAGGUAACGACAUCAAUUACCCACUUGGUGGACGAAACUGGUUCGCUAGCACUCUACAUUGGGGGCCAACGGUGGACACGGACGCGUACUGGCGCUCCACCACAUCCAAGGCCUUGCAACGAGGUGAUCUUGCACAGGGCUUUCAUACCUACGGCAUGGAAUGGAGUGAGGAAUACAUCUUCACGUAUCUCGACAGCCCACUGAAGCAGAUCCUGUACUAUAAAUUCCCCAAGGGUAACACUAUGUGGCAGAGGGGCGACUUCGCCUCAUACACUGUGAAUCAGUCCUUCUUGGUUGAUCCGUGGGUACAGUCCGAGGACUCGAACGCGCCGUUUGACCAGCUAUUCUACUUGAUCCUGAAUGUUGCUGUAGGCGGCACAAAUGGCUGGUUUCCAGAUGGUGAGGGGAACAAGCCAUGGACAAACCAAGGCCAUGCGUCGUGGGACUUCUAUCAAAGCCUCGAUUCAUGGUUCCCUACCUGGGGUGCAGGUAAUGCCAAAGGCAUGACGAUCAAGUCAGUGAAGAUGUGGCAGCAGGGCGAUUGUAGCUAA